UACUGUUCUGUUGAGUGAAGUAAGUUUGCGUGUAGAUUCACACUCCCUCUCUCAUGUAAAUACAGUGCACAGCUCGUGAUGUUACGGGAUAUUUUUUGUCUCCACUAAUUGUUUAACACCACAGAGACUUUGAGACUGCGGAAGCGAAGACAACGAGGUUUAGCAGGUUGGAGAAGAUGGAGGACGAUUUGUCACAGGCUUUGAAUUCUGUCAGUCUGGAGCAGAAAGACAGCAAGAUGGACACUUUUGGGCUGUACGUCGUCACGUGGAAUGUGGCCACAGCUGAGCCUCCUGACGAUGUGAACUCUGUGCUUCAGCUCAACUCCCCGAAGAAAACUGACCUCUAUGUGAUCGGGCUGCAGGAGGUGAAGGCUGCACCUCUCAAGUUUGUCACAGAUUUGGCCUUCGAGGAUUCUUGGAGUCACUUCUUCAUGAACACGCUGGCUCCAUUGGGUUAUAUCAAGGUGUCCUCCAUACGGAUGCAAGGUCUGCUCUUGCUUUUCAUUUCCAAGAUGGAGCACGUCCCCUUUAUCAGAGACAUUCAGGUCACUUACACCCGCACAGGACUCUAUGGCUACUGGGGUAAUAAAGGAGGUGUGUCCAUCCGUCUGUCCUUCUACGGUCACAUGCUCUGCUUCCUGAACUGUCACCUGACCGCCCACAUGAACUACGCCUCUCAGCGGGUGGAUGAGUUCGAGUAUAUUCUAGAUGCUCAGACCUUUGACACCAAAAACACACCACGCAUUUUGGAUCACAAAGUGGUGUUCUGGUUUGGGGAUUUGAAUUUUCGUAUCGAGGACCACGGGAUGCUCUUUGUAAGGAACUGCAUCACCAGCCAGCGUUAUAAUCUUCUUUGGUCUAAAGAUCAGCUCACCAUGAUGAAGCAGAAGGAAGCUACUUUGCAGAAGUUUGAAGAAGGACCUCUUGACUUUCAGCCCACCUAUAAAUUCGAUUUGAACUCCGAUAACUAUGACACAAGGGUACAGAAGACAUGGUUUGGUUUUAAGUAAGCUUUCAAAUUCCCAUGCGCUUCCUAACUUGAUCCUUCCUACCCUGCUUGUCUAGCAUUCCACCAGCAUUCCUUUCCCUGUUUGUAGCACUUCCGCCAGGCAGCGGAAAGCCUUUUUCUUUGCCCUAGAGCUGACAGACCUCAUUCACACUUUAAUGCAGACCAGUGCAUUGUGUGCCGCUAUCCCGUCCUGUAACACCAAUUCAUCUAUGAAGCACCGUAAACAAUCAGUUAAUAACAGCCAUAUAGAUCCAGUCUGUGUUUGGAUGUAGUUGUUGUUGUGUGUUGCAAAGAGUUUCGAUGUUUAAGUAUUGAUCAUCUGUUGUUCAAUGCUGUCGGUUCUAGUAGCUGUUCAGAUCUUUGCAACACACAUGGUUAUAAAGCAUGUGGACGACUUGGCCCGCUUAGUGAAAAUGCUUUUUGAUCUACAGGAUGUAUUUAUGCUGUCCAUAAGGAGAUGCAGCAUGACUGAACUCAUAUAAACUCCUUAUAUUUUUAGAGCAGUUGUUUUCACACUUUUUAAACAUGGGGACCUACAAAAUAUGAUGCUCUUCUUGUAGGGGACCAACUUCUUAAAAUGUUUAGUAAUUUAGUUGACUAAAAUAUAAA